AUGGCAAUACGGAGAAGGGAUCUUGUACGUUCUGUCAAGGUGGCUGCCGCAGCAUAUAGGCGAUUUCUUGAUACACAGGCAAACGGUGCAAAAGAGGCAGUAAUUGAAAAGACGCGGGAAACACUGGAACUGGCGAAUCAGCACGCUCAGGAAACCAUUCCAGCGCCCCACGUACUGCCUGUCGCAAGCAACCUUUCUGUCCAGCCUAACGCUGCCGAAAACCGUCCAGGGCGCACCACGGAACGUGCAAAAAGAUGGCUCAGAACUCAAGCUAAGACGUUAAUGUUUUGGGUGAUUAUUAGCUUUUGUUGUGUAGCUGUCUUUGGGUGCAUCUCGGCAGCCAUCUCAACCCUACCAGGCGGCGUGAAGAAGCCAAGUAGGGUACGCGGCUGCGAGAUAAUCAUCCAUCUCAUCUUAGCCGUCAAUAGCAUACUCCUAACUCGGGCAGACACAAUCACCAACACAGUACACGGUGCAAUUUAUUACUGUGUUGGUCUGACGGUGGUGACAAUCCUUGAAGGCGCCCUGCAGAUGACCAAAGCUUGGGCAACCUUUAAGGAUGUCCAGGGCCCCGCUCCAGUAGCGAGCGACAAAUCCUCUUUGGCAUUCGAGAUCGCAGCAGUGGCCUUUCGGUGCGUCACCACCAUUGUCGUUGCAGUAAUUGCUUGCAAGCUCAGACGUCUGCCAAAAGCCGAUACACCGCAGGUUGUACGGGAUUAUAUUAUUCUUGGAGGGCCGGGGGAGUUUUUCUCGGACCUUGACGAUAGGAAUAUAGCUCCCUUGUUGACAACGCUCUAUCGGUCCGAUAUUAUUAAAGCAGUUAUUGGCGUCAAGCCGAUAAAUAGUAUGUGGCCAUCUAAGACGCCAAUGUCGGCGGAGGAAUUGGAAGAGGACAAGGACAAGGACAAUAAGGCUGAGGGUAGCGCUGCACAACAGCGUCUGCCGAGUGAAAAUGUAUGA